AUGGUGCACAUUGCCGAAGGGUCAUACUGGGUCUACGCGCCUACAAAGCACAUCUCCAUCGUAUUUGCCAUCCUCUUCUUCAUUUCCACAGCUCUUCAUGUCUGGCAGAACAGAAUGAAGUACAAGUCCUGGCGCAUUGGUUUUCUCCUUCCAUGGGCUGGCUUGCUUUUCGUGGUUGGGUUCGCCCUCCGUGAAGUUGGCGCCUAUAACUACGGCAACCUGAAUGUCUUUAUUGCCAGCACGGUUCUUCUCUUCCUGGCUCCCCCAGUUUACAACGGCGCAAACUAUUUCAUCUUCGGAAGGCUUCUCUACUAUGUGCCUUAUCAUUCUCCUCUGCACCCUGGUCGAGUGUGGACAACCUUCAUCACGCUGGAUACCAUCGACGGAAUCAUCGCGGGCAACGGUGCUUCAUACGCUGCGAAUUACAAAAACACCGCGUCUCAGGUCAAGACGGGCAUCGUACUGGUCAAAGUUUCCCUAUUUCUCCUGCUGGGCAUGUUUCUUGCCUUCAUGGUUCUGAUCGUUAUAUUUCAUCGGCGUUGCAUCGUAGGAGGCGUCUUCACCUACAACAUCAAGGUCAUCAUCUACGAGCUCUACCUUUCUGGAUUCCUCAUCCUCAUUCGCAAUACCUAUCGGACUGCCGCGUUCUUCUAUCCGCCCGUUUCGCCGGCCAAUGGAGACGAGGUCUUUUUUUGGGUCCUUGAGGCUCUUCCAAUGCUGGUCAACACUUUCCUUAUGAACAUUUUCCCCCCAGGAAAGUACCUACCGAGCAACCACAAAAUAUACCUUGCUGUGGAUGGGAAAACAGAGGUGGAAGGGCCUGGCAUGGUUGACAAGAGGUCUUUCCUACUGACGCUCAUCGACCCGUUCGACCUGGUCGGACUGAUCCGAGGGCAGGACAACAAGAAUAAGUUCUGGGAGAAUGAUGGCAUUGGUGGUCCAGGUGAUUCUGUCUCGCUGAACGACGCCAGCGUCAUACAGACUGAUGAGGCUGAUGCAGGGCCAGGGAAAUGUGGUUUGUCUUGA